GGUUGCAGGAAAAAGAAAUUUGUUCCUUUGCUAAUGCAGAAAUUGCUGAAUUGUUUGGUCGCGGUACUUAUACUAGCACCGUUGGUGAUGUUAUCAGUGAAAGCGGAAAGUGGCUUGCAAUAAAUAAAGACAAUCAUGCUGCUCAACUUCGCAAGAAUCGAUAA